ACAAAUAACUGGAAUCAUCUUUCCAGAUAAGCAAUUACAGCAGGCCUGUGCUUAUGGCGAUCAUUUCAUUUGCUUUUUGCAAAAAUACUUUCCAUUUUGCCCAAGUAUAAGUAUCCAACAAAUACAAAUCAUUAUUCAUAUACAUAUGAUAUAAUCCUCCAAAUUUAAUUACGAAAAGAUAAGAGAAAAUCAUUCACUUUCUAAAGAAAGUUCCUUUUGUCCAAGCUAGACACUAUAUAGCAAACUCACAUUCCUCGUUUCUUCUUAAUUCUCUCACAGGCGAAACUCGUCGGAGAAAAACAAGGAGAAGAAGAAGACGAUGGACGAGUCGUGGCGGAUGCGCAUGGGAUCGAUGCCGCCGAUGUCGAGCCUCCCACGCCGACGAUCCACCGAGCAGUAUUCCUCCACCCGACCGUCCGUCUUCGCGGCCGAUUCCGAAACCCUAGAGCCGGAGGAUUUCGCCGACGUCUUCGGCGGACCGCCGCGGAGCGUAUUCUGGAGGAAGAUGUCCGGUGAUUUCUCCGCCACCGCCGCUGUCUCGAAUUCUUUCUACGAGGAGAUUUUCCGCCCGCCGGAGAUCCUCCACUCCGGCGGAGAGAUUGGCGGCCGCGGAUUGCCAGCGUUCAGGAUUCCUGGGACGAGCGAAAGGUUCUACAGCGACGUCUUCGGAUUCGGAUCGGACUUCUCCGCCGACGAGAGGAGGUCGCGGGAGAGGUCGCGGCCGAACUCGGAGGCGAAGUCGAAAUCGAAAUCAAAGUCGACGUCGUCGUCGGUGCUUAGCUCGGAGGAGAUGAGCCCUCUUCGGCCUGCGAUCGCCGAACACGUCGCGUUGUCGGAUUUUGCUUCCAAGCUCAGGCCACUGAACGUCCCAUGUAGAAGGAAUCACUCAUCCACAACGAUGCGCACCAAUGAAACUUCAUCAAGGAAACAAAGCAUACCAACCUUCUAUGGAAAUCGUCCUUCCUAUGCUGAACACCAAUUCAUGGAAACGGAAAACAACUGGAAUUUUGGAAGGUCCCAUUUCGGCUUCUCAAGGAGAGUGUCGUCCCCAGAAACCAUUAGUCUCGAACCUGAUUCGUAUCCAAGUAUCAAGAUCUCUGUGGAAGAUGAUGUUGAACUCAACUCUCCCUCUUCACCCGUCUCUUCACUUUGUCAUGGCAGUACUGAUGAUCAUGCCAAAUCAGAGAAUCACGAGGAUCAUGUGGUGGAGGAAGAGGAGGAAUUGGAUCAAGAAGAAGAAGAUGAUGAUGAAGUAAUGAGCUCUUAUGUCAUUGAGAUUGGUUCUGACCAUAGAGAAGGGACUUGUGAUGCUGUUGGUAUUGAUGAAGCGAUUGCUUGGGCUAAGGAGAAGUUCCAGACACAUAGUUCUGAGAAAAAUUUGAAUACAAAAGAAGCGGACACUAAAGAGUCUCCUAAAAUGGAUGCAGCAAGGCCAAAUGUAAGGGAUUUUCCAGAACAACACAUGAAGAAUCAGCAUGGGGUAGUCCAAUCUCCAGAGAUGGAAAUGAGGUUACAAGAUGAAAAUAUAAGGCUGUGGUCAGCCGGGAAGGAAACUGAUAUCCGUUUGCUGCUUUCGACACUACAUUAUAUUUUGUGGCCCAAUAGUGGCUGGUCUGCAAUCCCUCUGACAAGCCUUAUAGAAAGUUCACAAGUGAAGAAAGCCUAUCAGAAAGCAAGGCUGUGUCUCCAUCCAGACAAACUACAACAACGAGGAGCGACACUCCCUCAAAAGUACGUUUCUGACAAGGCUUUUCCAAUCCUCCAGGAUGCAUGGGCUUCGUUUAUCUCCCAAGAUGUGUCGUUACUGGUUAACCAUUCGGAAUCCUUUGCAACUCGGUUUUGACUUGACGUUAUAAAAAUAUUCAACAAGGAAGUUUGGAUGUUUGUAUGGUGGAGUUAUCUGCGCAACAGAGAGAUGUACAUGAGGAAUCUGUCCGCUAUGGAGAUGGUUUGAGAAGGGCAUUAGCUCUUGUGAUCAAGAACAUUGUAUUGUACCUAGUUGGAUGUUUUCGCAAACUAUGUACAUAUUUUGAUAAUCAAAUAAGAAUAGUAGGCGCUUUUUGGUGUUUAAACUCGACCUUUGAAGCAGAUUUUUAGUGCUUUUUAAACUUCAUGAU